UACAGCUGGCCCAGUGACGCGGGCGCAGCCGCCGCCGCCGCUACGACCGCCGCGUUCUAUUCUCCUCAGCCGGCGACAGCCUUGCCUCCUGUCUCCCGCCUCGUCCUCCUCCUCCUCCCGCCGCGCCAGCCAGACCGGCACGCUGGGCCUCGCUUAGAACCCGGAGGGCUGCGGGCGCGCGCAGGCGGCGGAGCAGAUCCCGGCGCCGCGGAGGCUGCGAGCGCCCCCCUCCCGGAGGUCGCCGCGCUGUUCCCCGGGUGAGUCUACCCCUGGCUGACUUGAGAAUUCUUACUUCUGGCUUUUAAAUUUUUUCUUUUUAAAAUAACUUGGACGGAUAAAAGAUGUGCCAUGGCAGGAUAGCACCAAAGAGCACCUCAGCGUUUGCCGUGGCCUCCGUGGGACAUGGAGUGUUCCUUCCGCUGGUGAUCCUUAGCACCCUCCUUGGAGACGGACUUGCCUCAGUGUGUUCCCUGCCCCCGGAACCAGAGAAUGGUGGCUACAUCUGUCACCCCCGGCCCUGCAGAGACCCCUUGAACGCAGGCAGUGUCAUCGAGUACCUGUGUGCUGAAGGCUACAUGUUGAAGGGUGAUUACAAAUACCUGACGUGUAAGAAUGGAGAAUGGAAACCAGCCAUGGAGAUUAGCUGCCAUCUCAACGAGGAUAAAGAUGCCCACACGUCACUCGGUGUCCCCACGCUCUCCAUAGUGGCUUCCACUGCCAGCUCUGUGGCGCUCAUUCUCCUCCUUGUCGUGCUGUUUGUGCUGCUGCAACCAAAGCUGAAGUCUUUCCAUCACAGUAGGCGUGACCAGGGGGUAUCUGGGGACCAGGUCUCCAUCAUGGUGGAUGGGGUCCAGGUUGCAUUACCAUCAUAUGAAGAGGCUGUGUAUGGCAGUUCUGGUCACUGUGUGCCGCCUGCUGACCCCAGAGUGCAGAUUGUGCUGUCAGAAGGGUCUGGGCCCAGUGGGAGGAACGGGCCAAGGGAGCAGCAGCUGCAGGACCAGGGAGCUGGCUCCUCUGCAGGUGGAGAGGAGGAGGCCCCAGGCCAGUCUGGACUGUGUGAAGCCUGGGGCUCUCGGGGCUCAGAGACUGUGAUGGUGCAUCAGGCAACCACCUCUUCCUGGGUGGCCGGUUCAGGGAACAGUCGACUGGCACACAAAGAAGCCCCAGACUCAGAGAACAGUGACAUACAAAGCCUUUUAUCCCUAACGUCGGAGGACUACACAGAUGAUAUCCCACUGUUGAAAGAAGCAUGAGGUCUGCCACUAGCCUCUCUCCUCUGCGAUGGUCCUCUCUGUCCUUCCUCCCUCUCCCUGUGGGUUUGAGCACCCUGUACUCCAGCCACCCUACCCGGAUACCUGAGCUGCCACCUGUGUAUCUGUGUAUUUCUGUAUCUCUGAGGGCCUGCAGGCCCACCUCGCUGGAAACUCAAGGAAGAUUCUCGCCAUCUGCCUGCUGGACAGCUGGAGGAGCUGGCUUUUUGCCUAGCGCUGCCUCCCCAUCUAUGUCGGGGACAUAUGUGAAUGUGCUGGAUUGAACCCUUCCUUUCCUUGAGCCCUCUGGGUCCCCUCCAGCCAGCUCUUUGGCGGCUGGAGUUUACUUGUGCCUUCCCCCCACCUCGUCCACUUUCCCUGUCACACAGGCUUGUUCCUGUCCUACAAGCUGUAGUGGCUGCACUGCUGCCCCUGCCCCCUAGGGCUGGGCUUGGGUCUGGCCUAUUUCCUUUGAGGGCUGGCAUUGCUGUCCUUACUUAGCAGGAGCAGAUCCAAGAGUGCCUCUAAGUGGGGCGAGAAUGUGGGUCCCUGCGCCUGCCCUUGGUUGACACCAGUGCCACAUUUCCUUGGCUGAGAAUGGAGGACGUGGAAAACCAUGCCAAAGCCAUCCCAGCACCCGUUCCUAGCUCGGAGGUGCCGGCUCCUGGCCCCUCUCGGUUGAGUUUCCAGGAAGCAUCCAGAAGAUCCCAAGGGAAGGAAGGAAGGUGAUCAUUAAUGAUUGUCUUCCUGAUCUGCAAGUUCUCACUUUCUACUUCCAGCAUCCGCUUUCCUGGCCUCGGUUUUUCUGUUUCCCUGGAGUGUAAGAGGAAGUUGCAUGCUGCCUUUCGGGUUUGGUCCUAGGCAGCUCUGGCUUCCUUGCUGCCCACAGAGGCCUGAGGUGAAUCAUCCCUGGGACAGGAGAGUUGCUGAGAUGCCACAGAAUGCCCAUCUGGUCACUGGCAGUUGGGGCAAGUUGCCCCAUUUUGGGUUCUUGGUGAUGGAAGGGAGCCUCAGAGUCAUAGGCCGAGUCCCCAGGCAGCUGCAGGCAGCUCCAGCCCUGGUCCUGAGGGUCCUCCUCACCACAGUCACGUGCCUUAGUAACUGUGCCAGGAAGCGUCCUGCUGCUUGCUGCGCUGCUGCUUUUCCUACUCCCGCCCCCACCCCCUGCACCCCUGCACAGCUGGCAGCCACUCCCUGGGCUUCCCUGCACCCUGGGGGAGGGACGGAGAGACCGUCCGCAUACACCCCUGCCUUGUUGGCCUGCGGUGGGUGAAUGGUUGUGAAGCAGCCUGGCUUCAGGGCCCUAGUGUUGAAGGAGUGGGCUCAGCGCUCCAGAUGAUUCUUCUGGGGCCUCUCCCUCAGCCAUGUGUUGGAUGCUGAUGAGGCUGGGGUCGUAGAGCUCCCCCGGGCUGCUGCCAUCUUCAAAAGCCGUGGCAUUAAGGAAUGCUUGUUUUUGUUUUGUUUUGAAGCACUAGGGCUGGGAAGCUUCAAAGCUGACCCUGUGCUGCACCUCUGCGCCUCCCCCGAGCCUCUCUGUGUGGGGUGGUAAAAAUAAUAAAGAGCCCAGUCUGUUUUCAGUCCCUGACCCCACAGGGUAGCUCCAGCUGUGGGUGGCCUCGAAGACGAGGGGAGUGGCUAUCUCUCAGCCUCCUGCCUCCGCUCUCACACACGCACUUUACUACCCGCUCAUUCCCAGGCCUCUUGCCACCACUUGUAGUCUUCCUUCCUCUCAGGUAGGGGCAGUGCUUGCUGUGCCUGUUGGCCACUCCCGCGUCUCUCCCCUUCACCCUGGAGCCCUCGCAUGCUGUGCCCAAAACCCAGGCCAGCGUGGUUCGAUUGGGAACAGGUUGGCAAAGGUGCUAGAAUGAGAACGCAGAGGAAGAUGAAAUGGACCAGGAGCCUGUCCUUGGCCUCAGGAGAAACUGUUUCCAGAGAUGUGCCUGCCAGCAGUUGGCUGGCACUAGGCCUGUCUGGAGGCGGGGGUCCCCACAACCCUCAGCUGCCUCGCUCAUGGGAACCCUAGUCUUCCUCCGAAGAAGAAAGCAGGGCAAGUAGAGAGGGUCCAAAGUCUGCCUGCCGCUCGCAUUUCCCAAUCUUCCAAAACCUGAACUUUUGAAUACUUUAAAAAUGGAAGAUCUUAUCCUUUCUUAUGUCAUUACUCUGGGUUUUUUUCCCCCUGAGAUUGCACUUUUUAUUUUGGGUUUAUUCAGCCACAUAGGUGACUGGCUUGGCCCUUGAAAAAAUGAAAAGCCUUCUUUCACCUCACCUACCCU